AUGCCGCACUCCUCCACCGCGAUCAAGCUCUUCCGCGACAUCCUCAAGGCGCACCGCGCGCUCCCGCCCGCGCACCGCAAGCUCGGCGACUCGAUGGUCAAGCAGGAGUUCCGGCAGCACCAGAAUGCGACGCCCAACUUUCUCUUCCAGUUCGAGCGGCAGUGGCGAGACUACCUGCAGCAGCUCCGCGUGCAGACGCUGCGCGGCGAGCCCGUCGGCCGGGCGCUCUCCGAUGAGGACAUCAUGGCGCUCUCCGACGAGCAGCGAAACGCCCUCGCCCAGGCGCUCGACCCGAGUGCGCCGGCGGCAGACUCGUCUCCGCUCGAGGGAAUAUACAAGCCGUAA